GGUAGUGGCUACGCUUACGCUGUUUUGUAGCACAGAACACAUUUUUAGGUUAUAGUAUCUGAAUUAAAAUGUUGAUUUCUAAUUAAUAAUUUCCAAUAUUAGCACAAAAUGAAACUUUAUAGCGUCUUGUUUCGACAACAUAUUGGAUGGCAUUUCAAGAAAAACUGGAGAACUCAAGGGAAGAAGGUUGCCAGUGACACAGGAAUUGCAAAAAUUCUUGCAGAUAGAGGGAUACCACUGUAUCAACCAAGAGAUAUAUUGGAUCCUGCUAGAGUAGAUCUAAUCGAUGAAGUUCCUGAUUAUAUACCGCAGCCCGUAAAGUUUGAUAACACCCAUCCAAAUUGGCAUGACCGAAUUUGUCACACAUAUACAGAUAAUGAUGUACUUGUAGAAGGACUGAAGCAAGCUAAAAUUAUUACUAAUACUGUUGAACCUCACAAUGGCCUUCCAUUUUCUAUUGAACUUAAGAAACCAUCAAGCAAGAUUGAUAAUAAUGUGAGAAGUAUUAUUCUAAAUUCUCACCUGUUCGAUGCUGAGCAAGUGAAAUUGCCCAAGAGAAAAGAUCCUGAGAGACCAGCUUGGAACUUCCCCCGCGAUUACGGGGUUUCAGAAAAACGAGUGAACAAGUUGAUUGUUACUAAACUACUACUAGCAAUCGAACUAUUGGCCGAUCAGAAUUUAGUCAAACAGAGGCUUGCUAUUAAUGAUUUGCCAUUCUGGUAUCCAUUUGAAAAAGCAGGAGAACUAUUCCAAUUUCAAUUAACAGGCGAUUGCUUGGUAACAUCGUCUAAUCCUUUACCCCCUAUUUCCUCUGAGACAACGGAAAAUUUGGAAUUGCCGGUAAUGGAUCCAGUGAAAUAUACCGUUAGCUUAAAUGUGGAAAAUAUUUAUGACUUAAAAAACUUAUAUCCGGUAGAGAGCUUUAUACAAAAAUCUUGUCCCCAUACUGUCUUCGUACAUUACAAUAAAACCGAUAUUCGCAAUCUUUUUGAAGAACCUGUGACAGAAGACCAAUUCUUGGGACGGUCAUUGCUGAAAGCCUACACUGUCGCUGCAUCGUAUGCGCGCCAGAAAUUUGGAGAUGUGAAAGUGUUACCUCAACCAGUAACCGUUCAGUGUAUUCAUACAGAUGGUCAAAUUUUCCAUUUUGGUGUGAUUCAGCUAAAUACGUUGGAUACGUCGAUUGCAAGUAAAAUAAAAAAUCUUUGGUACCAGACACCAAGAAUGCAGUUGUUUGAGUCGUGUGGUUAUAAACGUGGCCGGCCUAUGUUGGAAGGGUAUAAUAGUGAUGUAUUUACGCAUUUAAAUGCAUUUUAUAAUAAUGUGUGAUAGAAAUAUAGAAACUGUCACUAAGUAAA